AUGGCAGCUUCUUUAUCUUUCCUCUCUUCACUUUCCUUUUCUUCCAAUAUCUCUCGCAAACCAACCACUCUUUCUCUUUCCAGAAUCUUCUCCCUCUAUCGCUCUUCCAAACUCCCCUCCCUAACCGUAUCUGCAACAUCACUCGCACCUCCUGUUGAAUCGAAAGUCGCUGACCUCAAGACAGGGAUCUUAGAUUUGUUUGUCAAUAUAUGCAAGGCUGAACUCAUAUCAUGGUGCAAAGAUCCAAACUGCUUCUUGUGGCAUAUUGGUUUUCGUGCUGGGGAGGGUACUAUUGUUUUCCUUAUGUAUAUACUUUUCCUCGGAAACGAACCUAUCAAUGUUCCAAAUUCUAUUAUCUUAAGUAUUGUUGCAGUGGCAGAAGUAAAAUGGGUAAUCAGAGCAGACAAGGAUAGGAAGACCAAAUUCUGUUGUGUUCAGCCUAAUGUUGUUGAGCAAUAUUUGUGA